AAUUAGUAAUCGAGAAGCAUGGUGGGAGUACUUACUAGCAGCAGAAAAGCAGGAAUCUGUGGCAGAACUGCCCUUUGUUGAAAACUGUGGAGAGUUCUCUAGCACUUUUAUUCAGUGAUUAAAUUCAAGACAUGGGGCCAAUGAAAUAUAAGUCAAGCAUGUCCUCGGUGUCCUGUGGUCUGCAAUAUCACCAUUCUUUGAUAAAGUGCAGUCCAAAAAUGAAUUUACACGUAGUGCGGACUUACUGCUCAUCAGCACCUAAGAGGCCUGAAGCCAAGUCUGCGAUAGAAAUGGCCAUGGGUCUUCUUAAUCGGCUGACAGAAGCUGGGACUGUUAUGGGAAAAAACUCUCUUCAAAAAAUGUCUGCAACGUGCAAGAGUUGGUGGGACAGAUACGAAGAGUUUGUUGGAAUUAAUGAAGUUCGAGAGGCUCAGGGAAAAGUGACAGAGGCUGAAAAUGUCUUUAUGAUAGCUCGAGGGAUAGUACGGCAGGCUCGUGAAAACGUAGAAGCCCAACAGAUUAAACUGAAGGAAAUUCGGGACCGCUUAGACAGGGUCUCUCGGGAUGACAUCCAGUAUUUAGAACUGGCUACUCUGGAACACAGGUUGCUGCAGGAGGAGAAGAGGUACCGAGCUGCGUAUUUAAAUGCAGAAGAAUCCGAGAGAGAAAAAUUCUCUCUCUUCUCUGCAGCUGUAAGGGAAAGCCAUGAGAAAGAGCGAACAAGAGCUGAAAAAACGAAGAACUGGUCUAUUAUUGGUUCUGUACUGGGAGCCAUUAUAGGUGUUCUUGGUUCCACCUACGUUAAUCGAGUAAGGCUGCAAGAAUUGAAAGUCUUGGUGCUUGAAGCACAGAAGGGCCCAAUAAAUCUGCAAGAAGCCAUCAAAGAACAGGCCUCCAGCCAUUACUUACAGCAGAAGGAUCUCAGUGACGUCAUAGCAGACCUGAAAAAUGUGCUGCAAACAAGGACAUCACAGGAAAUAAAAGAAGGCACUUUGUUAACUAGAGAAGACAGGAAUGACUCCAUAAAAAUAGAUUCUCUUUUAAUUCCUUUAAACGAACAGCUAAACUACACUAAACAAGUCAGUUCAUGUCUAGGGAGUUUACAACAGCAGUUUAACAGUUUGCAGGAUAGUAUAGCGCAAAUGAUUUCUGAGGUGCAGAGUGUUAAACUUGCGGUCCAUUCUAGACCUACAGAAAGAGUGAUGCCAAGGUCUUCGGUGGAGGGUAAGGGCCAGGCUUCUGCCAUGAGAGAUGUGAUUUUAGAAUUGUGUGAUACCGAGCGGAGACUGGAAACGCAAAUCAAGAGAAAUUCCAUUUACAGCACUGCGGUGACGUGUGCUGUGUUUGCUAUUACUCUGCCAGUACUCUAUAUUAUACUUAAAGGGAACUGAUCUCUAAUUAAUUGCCACAAUUUACUAGGUUAAUAAAAGUAAACUUGUACUUCGAGUACAAGUCCAAAUAAAGUUCCAUCACCAUUUUG